UAGACGUAAUUCUCCUACCAGAUCCAACCAGAGAGCAGAGAGAGAGAGGUGGUAAACUUGUCGAGUCUCUUCCCCUAUUUCAUCCACUUCUACCUGACAAAUGCAGUAUAUUUUCCACUAAUUACAAGAAAAUACUUGUCUCUCACAUCAAAUGGCUGUUCCGAUUGAAGAAGCCAUAGCUGCACUAUCCACAUUUUCUCUAGAGGAUGAUCAACCAGAAGUACAAGGCCCAGGGUUUUGGGUUUCAGCUGAAGGAGGUGCAACUAUUAGUCCAAUCGAGUACAGUGAUGUGGCUGCAUAUAGGUUGUCUUUAUCAGAAGACACUAAAGCUAUUAACCAGCUGAACACACUUAUACAAGAGGGGAAGGAAAUGGGUUCCGUGCUCUACACAUAUAGAAGUUGUGUUAAAGCGCUUCCUCAGCUUCCAGAUUCUAUGAAGCAAAGUCAGGCUGACCUGUAUCUCGAAACUUACCAAGUUUUGGAUUUGGAAAUGAGCCGUCUGCGUGAAAUUCAGAGAUGGCAAGCAUCCGCGGCAUCUAAGCUGGCAGCUGACAUGCAACGUUUUUCCAGACCUGAGCGUCGUAUUAAUGGUCCCACAGUAACUCAUCUUUGGUCCAUGCUGAAAUUACUUGAUGUUCUGAUCCAGCUUGAUCAUCUUAAAAAUGCAAAAGCUAGUAUACCUAAUGACUUCUCUUGGUACAAAAGGACAUUCACACAAGUUAGUGUGCAGUGGCAAGAUACAGAUUCAAUGAGGGAGGAGUUGGAUGAUUUACAGAUCUUCUUGAGCACGAGGUGGGCUAUUUUGUUAAACUUGCAUGUUGAGAUGUUCCGUGUGAACAAUGUUGAAGACAUUCUUCAAGUUCUCAUUGUCUUCAUAGUGGAGUCUUUGGAGUUGAAUUUUGCACUUCUAUUUCCAGAGAGGCACACACUUCUUCGUGUCUUGCCUGUCCUUGUUGUCCUAGCAGCAUCAUCAGAGAAAGAUAGUGAAUCAUUGUACAAAAGGGUGAAAAUCAACAGACUUAUUAACAUAUUUAAGAAUGAUCCUGUGGUACCUGCUUUCCCAGAUCUUCACCUGUCUCCUGCUGCGAUUUUAAAAGAGUUAUCGACAUACUUCCCUAAAUUUUCUGCACAAACUCGGCUUCUCACUCUUCCAGCACCUCAUGAGCUGCCACUGCGUGAGGCACAAGAUUAUCAGAGGCAAUAUCUGAUUGUCAACCAUAUUGGGGCGAUCCGUGCUGAGCAUGAUGACUUCACUGUUCGUUUUGCUUCAGCCAUGAGUCAGCUUGUCUUGCUGAAAUCAAUUGAUGGUGUGGAUGCUGAGUGGGUUAAGGAAGUUAAAGGAAAUACUUAUGACAUGGUUGUUGAAGGUUUUCAACUCUUAAGCAGAUGGACUGCACGAGUUUGGGAACAAUGUGCUUGGAAAUUUUCUCGCCCAUGCAAGGAUCCUGUUCCAAUGGAGUCGCAUGACAUGCCUGCAUCAUUUUCCGACUAUGAAAAGGUGGUACGGUACAAUUAUAAUGCUGAAGAAAGGAAGGCUCUGGUUGAACUUGUAAGCUAUAUCAAGAGUAUUGGGUCAAUGAUGCAAAAGGUGGACACUUCAGUGACCGACGCCUUGUGGGAGACAAUCCAUGCAGAGGUGCAAGAUUUUGUACAAAAUACGCUGGCGACAAUGUUGCGGACUACCUUUCGGAAAAAGAAAGACCUUUCUAGGAUUCUUUCCGAUAUGAGAACACUUUCAGCAGAUUGGAUGGCAAAUACUAGUAAGCCAGAGACUGAAAUGCAGUCAUAUCCACAUAGUGGUGAAGAAGGCAGAGGGACCUUAUUUUAUCCAAGGCCAGUAGCACCAACAUCUGCUCAGGUCCAUUGCUUGCAGUUCCUCAUAUAUGAAGUGGUUUCCGGUGGCAACAUGCGGAAGCCUGGUGGUAUUUUUGGAAAUAGUGGUUCGGAAAUACCUAUCAAUGACUUGAAACAGCUGGAGGCAUUCUUCUACAAACUUGGUUUUUUCUUACAUGUAUUAGACUACACAGCUACACUAGGAACUUUGACCGAUCUUGGUUUCUUAUGGUUUAGAGAAUUCUAUCUGGAGUCUUCUCGUGUUAUACAGUUCCCCAUUGAAUGCUCCCUUCCAUGGAUGCUGGUGGAUCAUGUGAUCGAAUCUCCAAUUAUUGGCCUUCUGGAGAGUGCCUUGAUGUCAUUUGACAUCUAUAAUGAUGCUGCUCAGCAAGCAUUAGUGAUCCUCAAGCAACGUUUUUUAUAUGAUGAAAUUGAAGCUGAGGUGGACAAUUGUUUUGAUAUAUUUGUCUUGAAGUUGUGUGAGACUAUUUUUACAUACUACAAAAGCUGGGCAGCCAGUGAGCUACUUGAUCCAUCAUUUCUCUUUGCCAUAGACAUUGGUGAAAAGUUUGCAGUCCAGCCAAUGAGAUUCGUAGCUCUUUUAAAAACAACUAGAGUGAAGCUUCUAGGUAGGACCAUCAACUUGAGAAGUUUGAUUGCUGAUAGGAUGAACAAAAUGUUUAGAGAUAAUCUUGAAUUUCUGUUUGAUCGCUUUGAAUCACAGGAUUUAUGUGCUAUUGUGGAGUUGGAAAUGUUGCUGGACAUCUUGCAACUUACUCAUGAAUUACUCUCGAAAGACCUUACAAUAGAUUCUUUCAAUCUUAUGUUGAAUGAGAUGCAGGAGAAUGUAUCCCUUGUUUCUUAUUCUAGUCGACUUGCUUCACAGAUUUGGACAGAAAUGCAAAAUGACUUCUUGCCAAAUUUCAUCCUCUGCAAUACUACUCAGCGUUUUGUCCGAUCAGCACGAGUGCCCCCUGUUCCUGUCCAGAAGCCUUCGGUUCCUUAUGCAAAGCCAAAUUUCUACUGUGGAACUCCUGAUCUGAAUUCUGCUUACCAGAACUUUGCUCGAUUGUACUGUGGGUUUUUUGGUGUGCCUCACAUGUUUUCUCUAGUCAAGCUCUUGGGAUCUAGGUCACUUCCUUGGCUUAUCCGAGCCCUUUUGGAUAAUAUAUCGAACAAGAUCACUACCGUUGAACCAAUGAUUACUGGACUGCAAGAAGCUUUGCCGAAGUCUAUAGGGUUACUUCCAUUUGAUGGUGGUAUCUCAGGCUGCAUGAGGCUUGCCAAGGAGCAUCUUAGCUGCUGGCAUUCAAAGUCUGAACUCAAAGCUGAAGUCCUUUGUGGAAUCAAGGAGAUUGGUAGCGUAUUGUACUGGAUGGGACUUCUUGAUAUUGUAUUGAGAGAAGUCGAUACCCGCCAGUUUAUGCAAACUGCUCCUUGGUUGGGCUUGAUUCCUGGUGCUGACGGGCAAAUAUUGCACUCUCAGGAAGGGGGAGAUAGCCCUAUGGUCACUCUGUUUAAAUCUGCAACUACUGCAACCAUGUCCAACCCUAACUGCACAAAUCCAACAUCAUUUCACACUAUAUCGAGACAAGCAGAAGCUGCCGAUUUGUUGUACAAAGCCAAUAUUAAUACUGGAAGUGUGUUGGAAUAUGCCCUUGCUUUUACAAGUGCUGCAUUAGAUAAAUACUGCAGUAAAUGGAGUGCAGCCCCAAAGACGGGUUUUAUUGAUAUUACUACUUCAAAGGACUUCUACCGGAUUUUCAGUGGACUUCAAAUCGAAUACCUGGAGGAAUCUGUUCAGCUACAAUCCAACACUUACGAAAUGUUGGGCGAUUCAGUUGCCUGGGGUGGAUGUACAAUAAUCUACCUGCUUGGGCAACAAUUGCAUUUUGAAUUGUUUGAUUUUUCCCAUCAAGUCCUCAAUGUUGCUGAGGUGGAGUCUGUAGCAAUAUCGCCAACACAGAAGAAUCCUAAUUUCCUCCAGGGUAUUGAAGGUUUGCUGGAAGCUAUGAAGAAAGCAAGGAGGCUAAACAACCAUGUGUUUUCAAUGUUGAAAGCACGCUGUCCAUUGGAAGAUAAACAGGCUUGUGCCAUCAAACAAAGUGGUGCACCGCUGCAUCGGAUAAAAUUUGAGAAUACUGUGUCCGCUUUUGAAACAUUGCCACAGAAAGGUGCCUGAGGUCUGCUUCCAUUUUCAUUGCAGGAGCUUGCAUGUAUGACCCUUGUUAUUGUGUAUGUAAUAUAUGUUUAUUGAUGUACUUAUUGCUCUGAGAAUGAAGAUGCUACUUGUUGGGUGAUGGUAUAGAUAUAGAUAUUGUAAAAUUAAGAACUGAACAUCUAAUGAUCCAAUCAACAGAUAAUAGAGAAAGAGCAGCAUAUGACUGUCAGAUUCGUCAAUCUGCCACUUGUUUCUCUUUCAGCUGUUAAUGUUUUCCACAGCUUGAUGGAUAAUUUGAUAGGCCAAUGAUUCUUUUUCAUGUUUUAAUGUUUGGGAAAAUGCCCAAGAAGAUGAA